UAGGACACGAUGGCAAACGCCGGUCUUCCCGCAUGUAGACUUUCUAUGGGGUGGUGCCCACAUCAUUUUCUUGGCUCUUCCUUUCUUCCUUUCGCCUCGCCCAAUAUGCGGGAGGGCGGUAUACCCUCUCUCUAUUGGGUUUUCUCCCAUCAAGCACUGUGGCCUGGAACUUUAGCUAUCUGUUGAGGGUAAUAAUAUAAAUAUUUUGAUUCCAUCUGUUGGGGGAGGCUGAAAGAAGUCUGAUUUUUUGGUCCUUGUAAAAUCUCUGGAAAUUUAAGCAAGACUAAGAAACUUCUUGCAGGUUUUGCAACCUGCUCAGUGUUAACCAGGGACUGCAUUCAUGGGUGCACUCUGUUGCUGUCCGUGUCCAGAGGACUUUGAAGAAUAUGCCUACUCAAGCAAUCCCAUAUAUCAGCACUGCUUAUGCAUAAGAUAUUUCUUUCAUCAGCUAUUGAAUGGGUAUGGUGAAACAUUUCAAAGGCUUGAUGGGCGUUUAUCUGCCCAAAUUCAGACAACUUCAUCAACAUCUUCGGCACCAGCAAGUGUUUCUGAUAAUUCAUUGUCAGAGACAUCUCAACUUGUUCCUAGACCACCACCUUACGAAAUAGAUCCUAGAUAUUCUCUGUCACAACGCGAGGGAUUGGUCUCAAGACGUGAGAAGUCUAUGAGCCACAUCCCUGAAGAUUUGCACACACUUAGAAGAAAUGGUAGCAGUUCUGCUGUUGAAACCUUGGGAAGUGUUAAAAAACGAAAUAUUACAGAAUCUGUUGAAGGAUGCAAGAUUACCCACAUUGAAUCGGAGAAAAAUCUGUCUACAAAAGCAUCUUGUACAGAUUUUCUUGUUAUGUCUUCUGAAGAUGAAGAUGUCUGCCCUACAUGUCUGGAAGAAUAUACUCCAGAAAAUCCCAAAAUUGUGGCAAAGUGUUCUCAUCAAUUUCAUCUCGGCUGUAUAUAUGAAUGGAUGGAAAGAAGUGACACUUGUCCGGUUUGCGGAAAGGAGAUGGAAUUCUACGAGAGUCCACAAUGAAGACCUGCAGAGCAGUAAUAUUGGUUCAGAUUUCAGACUAAAACAAACUAACAGUAAUCUGUGCUCUAAUAUGUUGAGAUUGUUGCGGUUUUUUCCCAUAUGAAUGAAGUGCAAAUUCAUCAUUUAUGAUCAUCCUAUCAAGGUCAUGAAAUCUUGAACUAACACCACGCUCUACCUCUCUUCCAUUUUGGAAAAAAUACAUUUAUAAUCUUGAUCUGUACAGAGUCUGUAGCUUC